AUGGCUUCGAAUGAGGAAUUGGCUUGUGUCUAUGCGGCGCUCAUCCUUCAAGACGACGACGUUGCCAUCACCGGAGACAAAAUCGCCACUCUUCUCAAGGCCGCGAAGGUCGAGGUUGAACCCUAUUGGCCCGGACUUUUUGCAAAGGCACUUGAAGGAGUCGACGUCAAGAACUUGAUCACGUCUGUCUCUUCCGGCGCAGGAUCUGGACAAGCUCCCGCGGCUGCUGCUGCUUCCGGAGCCCCAGCCGCCGCUGCUGCCGCACCAGCCGAGACAAAGAAGAAGGAAGAGCCCAAGGAGGAAUCUGACGAUGAUAUGGGAUUCGGCCUCUUCGAC